AUGUUCCGGACAGCCGGAGGUUUUGAGCCAGAAGAAAAGAAGCACAAAGUUCUUUUAAUAGCAGACUAUGGUCGAUAUGAAUGGAGAUAUUGGGUAUUUACUUUAAGCAUAGAUGAAUCAUGGAGAGAGAUUCAAAGCAUUUCACCUUACCGUCCUAGAUUAUUGCCGGGGGUUUGCAUUAGUGGAAUUCUCUAUCAGUUUGUUUACCAUCGUUAUGGUGAACUUGCUAUAGCUGCAUUUGAUGUUAAAUCUGAAACAUUCACAAUUAUUUCAUUGUGGACAAAUGCAUCUCAGCAGUUGAAACUUAUAGAGGUGAAUGGUAAACUAGCCAUCAUGGAUAUUGAAUACUUCCACUUCCACUUGAGGAUUUUAAAAGAGACUCCGGUAGAAGAAUGGGAGAGUCAAAUUAUUUGCUAUCCUUCAAUAUGGAAAGAUAUACCGUAUAUGGAAUUAUCAUCCUGCACAACACAUGAUGGGGAGAUUGUAUACACUGUGCAUUCAAGGCUAGGUAAUUUAUGUUUUUGUUAUGAUAUCAUCAGAAAGAAGUGGAGAGAAUCAGAAAUCGAGGGGCUUUCUAAGGAGAGCUGCAUCAUUGGCAUUCAUAAUUACGUGGAAAGACUAGUUAUGUAG